AAUAAUUUGUCUUCUCCCCAGGGAUUUUAGCGUGUUUUCCUAUUUUCAAAAUUUCCCUCAUGUGGAGGUGAGGUGUUUGUCUUCCGGGUCAGUCAUGUCCCCGUUGAGCUUUCUCAAGAUAGAUGCUGCGGAAGCCGCGUUGAAUGAAUCCCGGACUGCCAAAUGGAAAUUGGCACUAGCACUCGGUGUUCCGUUUGUGGCUGUUCUCGGGGCGUGUUAUUACUGGAGUCGCAGCGACUCGAAAAAGCAGUAUGCCAAGAAACUUAGAAAAGCCGUGGACGACUCAAACAAACUGCAUUUUCCGGCUCCCGGGAAUGAUUCGGCCUCGAAGGUUUCUGGUCCAGAUUUGGCGGAAGCUGUGUCACGUCGUGGAAAUACAUUGUAUCGUUCGGGAAUGUACGCAGAAGCGUUGGAAGAGUUCACGAAAGCCAUUGAUAUGUGUCCACAUUCCGCAAAGCGAGACCUUGCUAUUCUCUACAGAAACAGAGCGUCUUGCUACGAACAAUUGGUGAUU